CUGCGUUUUUCAGAUUGUAUUCUUGAGCUCUCUGCGCAUCCAAAAAAGAAGAGAAAAGAGGAGAAAUGUCAGGCCCCCGAUCAGAACCCAACACCAAGCCCAGAGUGGUGUGCUGCAUAGGCGACACCCAUGGCUACGUCAACAAGCUCCAAAGCCUCUGGUCCAACCUCCAGUCCCAAAUCGACCCACAGGACUUCAAGACCGCGCUCAUCAUCUUCCUCGGCGACUACUGCGACCGCGGACCGGACACCCGCCAGGUCAUCGACUUCCUCCUUCGCCUACCCUCCACGUACCCGGACCAGACCCACGUGUUCCUCUGCGGCAACCACGACCUCGCUUUCGCCGCGUUCGUCGGAGUCCUGCCUCGGCCUCCGGACGAGGGGUUCGAGUUCUCCGAGGCGUGGAAGGAGUACGAGGGGAACGAGGAUCGAGAAGGGUGGUUCAAGGGAAAUGGGUACGAGGAUAUGCACUUGCAAGGGAGGAGGUGGGGUGGGAUUAUCAAGGAGAGGUUCAAUGUGGCGAAGGGGACGGAGUACAAGGGCUCGAUCUAUGAUGCUGGGCCUACUUUUGAGUCCUACGGUGUUCCUCAUGGGUCUGCUGAUUUGGUUAAAGCUGUUCCUGAUGAGCACAAGAAGUUUCUUGCUGAUCUGGUUUGGGUGCACGAAGAGAACGAUGUCUGUGUGGAAACAGAUGAUGGACUCAUACAUUGUAAGUUGAUUGCUGUGCAUGCUGGUUUAGAGAGAAACAAAAAUGUGGAAGAGCAGCUGAAUUUUUUGAGAGCCCGGGACACCCGAGUUCCUAAGGUAGAGGCUCUUAGCGGAAGGAAGAAUGUAUGGGAUAUCCCAAAGGGACUGACUGAGAAUCCCACCAUUGUGGUAAGUGGUCACCAUGGGAAGCUUCACGUCAAUGGCCUCAGGCUGAUUAUUGAUGAAGGCGGCGGAUUCGAGGGGAAACCAGUGGCAGCAAUCGUGCUUCCGUCAAUGAAGAUUGUCCGUGAUACCGAUGUUUUGGCAAACUAGUUUUCAAGCUUUUGGUAAAUGGUCACGAUGAAGUGUCUAUAUCCUUUCUUACUAAAUUUUGUGAAGCAUAUGAUCACAGGAUGAACGUCAGUACUCCCCAUUUGUUGGUGGAAGAUAAUAGAGAUGAAAAAGUGACUCCAAUUAUACAAUUACUUGAAGGAAUAUUGAAUAAUUCUAGACUUGUCUAGUGCUAUUUUUCUGCAA